AUUCUUUGUUUUUCAUUAGCUCUCUCUCUCUUUGUUCCACUACUCUCUGUUGCGCCAAAACUGUAAGUCACCAGUUAAACAGAGAGAUGGACUUUGACGAGGAGCUUAAUCUCUGUACCACCAAAGGUAAAAAUAUAGAUACUUCUUCUGGAGAAGCUUCUUCAACAACGUCCCCACGAUCUAUCAAGAAGAUUAGAAACUCUGAUCAUCGACCUAAACCCUACUUCUCAUUUUCUUCUUCUUCUUCCAACUCCUUGGCUGCUUUCCCUUUUUCUGUUGAUCCAACGUUUCAUAAUCAACAACAACUUGGAUACGUUCCGGUUAACCAACAAGGCCAGAAGCAAAUGAUCUCGUUUAGUCCUCAACAGCCACAACAGCAGUAUAUGUUCAAGUACUGGAGCGACACGUUGAAUCUAAGCCCAAGAGGAAGAAGAAUGAUGAUGAUGAACCAAGAAAGUAGUGUUCAACCCUACAGCGCAACCAAGCUUUACAGAGGAGUAAGACAACGUCAAUGGGGCAAAUGGGUCGCGGAGAUACGUAAGCCAAAGAGCAGAGCACGUCUCUGGCUUGGUACUUUUGAUACAGCUGAAGAAGCUGCAAUGGCCUAUGACCGUCAAGCUUUUAAAUUGAGAGGUCAUAACGCAACACUUAACUUUCCGGAGCAUUUUGUGAAUAAAGAAGUUGAGGUUCAAGAUUCAACUGGUGAGUCAAGCUCGUUGGAUCAGGGACAAUCAGAAACGUUGCAGCCAAACGAGGUUAACGUGGAGAGCAAGGAAGAAGUAGCGGUUAGUGAUGGUGGGUUAGAGGAAGGGAUGGCUGAAGCGUGGUUCAAUGCGGUUACAGCGGGAUGGGGUCCUGAGAGUCCGCUUUGGGAUGAUAUGGACAGUUCUCAGUUUUCACAAAGCUCAUCUGCUUGUCCCAUGAGACCCUUCUUUUGAAAAAAGGGCAUAACAUUUUAGGCUUUAGACAUUUAGUUUAGGGUUUUUCUGCUCAUUUAGCAUUUGGAUGGAGGCAGUUUUUGUGAUCUCCCAAUCCAUAAAUCAGUAUUUCUGUUUCAUCAUUUCUAUGUGUGUGUGCUGCUGGUUUUUCUACAUUAUGUAGACUACAUAUAUAGAUGUCAUUUUUGUUCAUCAACAAGUUUAUAUUGAUCUCUG